UUGGGUUCAAGAGCUGAAGCUUCAGUUUUCUACCUGUGUUUAAGUUUGAAAUUCAGUAUUUAAACAAUACGCAAUAUGAUACGCAGUGUAUAAUGUUUAAUUAUUAAGUAUCCGCUUUAUAAAACCACAACAAUGGUGGUGAAUGCCCCAGAAACGCCUAUACAGGCCGAGUUGAUAUUCGUCAUCGAGGCUACCUCAACAAAUGGGGCAUACAUAAACGAGUUAAAAACGAAUUAUAUUAUACCUACGCUUGAGUAUUUCCACGGAGGCGCGCUAGAAGAGGGCGGUGGCAAUGGCUCCGUGUAUGGCAUUGUAACAUAUCAGGCUGCAGACAACUUGUUAGCUCUGCCGGUGAACACAUUUGGACCAUUCACAUGCCCACAGACAGCUAUAGAAACUAUUGAUAAGAUACAGUUUAUCGGAGGGCAAGCUGAAAGCCGAGCUUGCAUCACCGAGGCCCUGGUGGCAGCCGCUGCAUGUUUCGAGGAGCUCGGACGGACAGACGUGUUGAGACAUGUCCUACUGUUGUGCUGCUCCCCACCUUAUUCAGCAUAUGCUGGUGGUUUGGUGCCACCAGGUGCUCCGGGGACCAUAGAGCUGGCAGCCCGGCUCCUAGGCUCCAGCGGGGCUCAACUCUCCAUAGCCGCAGCCCGGAGACUCCCGGCACUCUUGAAGCUGUACGAGAAUGCUGGUGGUGACACGCACCAUGCACAACUAAGGAAUUAUGCUAAGGACCCUCGGCACCUAGUAUUACUCCGAGGGUACAGUUUGAAGGAGCGCCCCCCGAGCCCCGCGCCCCCGCCCGCGCCAGAGGCGCCCCCAGACAUUUAUGGGCAAGGCCGCGGGGUUCCGCCAUCGGCGCCGCGGCCCCCGCAGUUCCGCCCGACGGCCGCCGUGCGCCCCAACACGGGCUGGUUGCCCCCGCCUCGCAACCCCUUGUACGACAACUCGGCGCUGGUCAGGCAGCUAACGCAGCCAUCAUAUCCACCUCCACAGCCCGGUAUCCAACGCAUGCCCGGCAUGAUGGCAGCGGGACCAUCCACGGGGGCUGCACCGACUCCACAACGGACUUACAUAUGGAGCGGAGUGUUAGAGUGGAUGGAAAAGGGGAAGAACCCUGGCGACCAGCAGAAGGUUACCAAGCAUCUGCCAUGCCAAGUAUCAGCCAACUCCAAGGACAUAGAGCCAGAGCUGAAGGUGGACACGUGGCCCAACAAGCUCCUGAUGCAGCUGAUGCCAAAACAGCUGAUCAGCAACAUCGGAGGGCAGUACCUCAAGGACAGCAAGUCCGUACUGUUCCAUCUUCAGCAAAACGAGGCCUUGGAUGCACUUACCAAAGUCAUGGUCAACGGAUUUGCCGGCUGCGUCCACUUCUCGCCAAUGUCUUCCCCGCCGCAAUGCGACAUCAAAGUGCUGAUCCUGCUGUACACGCCCGACAAGAAGGCUUACCUCGGCUUCAUACCUAACAACCAGGCCACGUUCGUCGAUCGACUGCGAAAGGUGAUUCAGCAACAGAAGAUGACACAGAUCAUCAAGCAGAUGCCGCCAGCCGCCAGCUCCGCGCCCAUGCCGGGCGCAAUGCCCACGGCCACCAUGGCGGGUGGAGGCACAAUGCAGCCCACGAUGUCGUCAGCGGGCAUAUCAGCGCCCGGCAUGAGCGGCAUGGGCGGCAUGGGCGGCGGCAUGGCGGCCGGCAUGAGCGCCAUGCCGCCGCUCGGCCCGCAAGCGCCCAGCCCGCAGGGCAUCGUACAGCAGAUGCAUCCACAGGGCAUGAUGGGUAUGGGCGGCAACAUGGGCGGCCAAGUGCCCCAACAGCAGCAGCAACAAGCGCCCGGCGGCAAAGGCCCCCGACCCUCACAGCUGGACGGGCUGGAAGCAGCCCGCCAGCAGAACCUGGAAAAAAUCCAGCAGUUGCAGCAGACUUUAGAAGCCGCACAUCAACAGGAGGCGCAGUUCAAGAGCCAGAUGGACAUCAUGUCGCACCUGCAGGCCGCGCAGCAGCAGGAACAACACUACAAACAGCUUGAGGAGCAACGUAAGCAUCAGCAGCAAUUGCAACUGCAGCAGCAACUGCAGCGAGGAACCGGGCCUGUUCCUCGCAUCAUGCGGCCCAUGAUGCCUUCCAACCCUGGGCUCAGGCAUCUACUACAGCAGCAACCGCAGUACCGGCCGAGCGGCGCACGCGCAGCCCCGCCGCAGCAGUUCGAUGACGUCAACAACUAUAACGAUUUUAUUUAGAUACAACAU